ACCCGGAAGACAAGAGUUUUCAUUCAAUGCGCGAAAACCUUUCGGAUAAAAUAUCAUAACAAUAACAUUAAAUAUCAACGAGCCGCGCAGUUACAGGAGAAGAUGUUUUACCACAUUUCACUGGAACAUGAAAUUCUACUACAUCCAAGGUAUUUUGGUCCUAACCUCCUGAACACCGUGAAACAGAAGCUGUUCACAGAAGUGGAGGGUACAUGUACUGGAAAGUAUGGAUUCGUCAUUGCUGUAACCACCAUCGACAACAUUGGGGCAGGUGUGAUUCAGCCUGGCAGAGGUUUCGUCCUCUAUCCUGUGAAGUACAAGGCCAUUGUGUUUCGCCCAUUCAAAGGUGAAGUGGUUGAUGCUGUGGUCACUCAGGUCAACAAGGUUGGAUUAUUCACAGAAAUCGGUCCCAUGUCUUGCUUCAUCUCCCGCCAUUCAAUCCCCUCGGAAAUGGAAUUUGAUCCCAAUUCCAAUCCACCCUGUUACAAGACAGUUGAUGAGGACAUCGUGAUACAGCAAGAUGAUGAAAUCCGGCUGAAAAUUGUUGGAACACGUGUCGACAAGAAUGACAUUUUCGCUAUUGGCUCGCUCAUGGAUGAUUAUCUGGGUCUUGUGAGCUGAUUCGCCUCAGUGAAGCACAUUUCAUAUGGGACAUUUACACUUUUUGCCCAAUUACACUUUUACUAUGAAUUUUGUUUUCUUUGUUGACCUGGUGAUUAUUUUAAUUUUCUGUACAGCCUCAUUUGUUAGUUUCAGUUAAAAUUGUCAGAGAUGCAAGCUGGAGCACAGUUCAGUAGCAGUUCAUAGAAUUGAGGUUUAAUGUAGAAUCCAUUAUUUACAUGAUGCUUAUGUAUACAAACUUUAAUAAAGUGUUUAAUUUGUU